GGCCUGUGACUAGUGAUGUGCCACAGGGAUCAGUGCAGGGUCCAUUGUUAUUUGUCAUCUAUAUCAAUGAUCUGGAUAAUAAUUUGGUAAAUUGGAUCAGCAAAUUUGCUGAUGGUACAAAGAUCGGAGGUAUAGUGGACAGUGAGGAAGGUUUUCAAAGCUUGCAAAGGGAUCUGGACCAGCUAGAAAAAUGGGCUGAAAAAUGGCAAAUGGAGUUUAAUACAGACAAGUGUGAGGUAUUGCACUUCGGAAGGUAAAACCAAUGUAGAACAGAUAAGGUAAAUGGUCAGACACUGAGGAGGGCAGUAGAACAGAGGGAUCUGGGAAUACUGAUACAAAAUUCCCUAAAAGUGGCGUCACGGGUAGAUAGGGUAGUAAAGAGAGCUUUUGGUACAUUGGCCUUUAUGAAUCAAAGUACUGAGUAUAAGAUUUGGAAUGUUAUGGUGAGGUUGUGUAAGGCAUUGGUGAGGCUGAAUUUGGAGUAAUGUGUGCAGCUCUGGUCACCGAAUUACAGGAAGGAUAUUAAUAAGGUUGAAAGAGUGCAGAGAAGGAUAUUAAUAAGGUUGAAAGAGUGCAGAGAAGGUUUACAAAGAUGUUGCCGGGACUUGAGAAACUGAGUUACAGGGAAAGUUUGAAUAGGUUAGAACUCAAUUCCCUGGCAUGUAGGAGAAUGAGAGGUGAUUUGACAGAGGUGUAUAAAAUUAUGAUGGGUAUAGAUAGAGGGAAUGCAAGCAGGCUUUUUCAACUGAGGCUAGGGGAGAAAAAAAGAACCCCAGAGGUCAUGGGUUAAGGGUGAAGGGGGAAAAGUUUAAAGGGAACUUUGGGGAAGGUGCUUCUUCACGCAGAGAGUGGUGGGAGUGUGGAACGAGCUGCCAGAUGAAGUUGUGGAUGCGGGCUGACUUCUGACAUUCAAGAAAACUUGGACAGGUAUAUGGAUGAGAGGUGUAUUGAGGCAUAUGGGCCAGGUGCAGGUCAGUGGGACUAAGCAGGAAAAUGGUUUGGCACAGACAAGAAGGGCCGAAAGGCCUUUUUCUGUGCUGUAAUGUUCUAUGGUUCUAUCUGAGGUGAAAGAGGUGCUGUUGUGCCUUUUUUCACUACACAGUUGAUGUGUACAGACCACAUGAGGUCCUCAGUGAUGUGAAUGCCGAGGUAUUUGAAGCUGUUCACUCUCUCAACCCCAGAUCCAUUGAUGUCAAUAGGGGUUAGCCCGUCUCCAUUCCUCUUGUCUUUGCAACAUUGCAUCCAGCUCCUUUGUUUUUGCGACAUUGAGGGAGAAGUUGUUUUCUUGUCAACACUGUGUCAGGGUGGUGACUUCUUCUGUGUAGGCUGCCUCGUUAUUAUUUGAGAUUUGGCCAAUAAAUAUAGUAUCCUCAGCAAAUUUAACUAGCAGAUUGGAGCUGUGGGUAGCGACACAGUCAUGCGCAUACAGAGAGUAAAGGAGGGAGCUUAGGACACAGCCCUGAGGGGCUCCUGUGUUGAGGGUCAGAGGGGCAGAGGUGAGGGAGCCCACUCUUACCACUUGCUGGUGAUCUGACAGGAAGUCCAGGACCCAGCUGCACAAGGCAGGGUGAAGGCCGAGGUCUCUGAGCUUCUUGUCAAGCCUGGAGGGAAUGAUGGUAUUGAAUGCUGAACUGCAGUCUAAUGACAUCAUUCUCACACAAGCAUCCCUCUUCUCCAGAUGUUUAAGGAGGUGUGCAGAGCAGUGGCUGUUGUGUCAUCUGUUGAUCGGUUGUGUCGGUAGGUGAAUUGUAGGGGGUCCAGUGUGGGUGGUAACAAGCUGCAGAUGUAGUCCAUGACCAGUCUCUCAAAGCAGUUGCUUAUGACUGAGGUGAGUGCGACAGGACGCCAGACGUUCAGGGAUGUUGCCUUAGUCGUUUUAGGUACAGGAACAACGGUGGAUGAUUUGAAGCAGGAGGGAACUCUACUCUCGGAGAGGGUGAGAUUAAAAAUAUCCGUAAAUACACCUGCCAGUUGUGCCGCGCGCAUCCUGAGUACCCGCCCUGGGACGCCGUCCGGUCCCACAGGCUUGCGACUGUCCACUCGUUGGAAACACCUGCGAACUUCAGCCUCAGAGAUGACCAAUGUGCAGGUCGCUUUGUCGGCUCUCCCCGGGGUCUCAGUGUUGGCGAUAUCGAACCGAGCGUAAAGAGACUUAGAUCCUCUGAGAGACAGGCAGCGAUGUUGGCAGCACCACUGCACUUACCUCUGAAGUCUGCAUUGGGGUGCAGAGCUUGCCAUCAGCUGUGUGUGUUGUUGGUGGAGAGCUGUGCCUGAAUACGAUCUCUGUAUUGUCGUUUCGCUGCCUGGAUGACUUUGCACAGAUCGGAGCUGAAUUUCUUGAGCUCCUGCUGAUCACCGGCAAUGUAAGCAGUCGGUCACACGGCAAGUGCUGUUCACACGGAACUGUUGAUACAAAUAUUGUGGUUUGGAAAGUCCUGACCGAUUUCUGAAGGAAAUCAUCUCCCCUCUGUGACAAUAACACACAACUGGGGGAUGUUGUUAUUACACAGCUGUGAUAAUAACAGCCGGGAACUCCCUUGGCAGCCGGAAAGGUUUACACAGCAGCACCAGGUACUCCAGAUCCGGGGAACAAAAGGGUUUGAGAGCAUGGACAUUCCGGGGUUCCACCAAGCAUUAAUGAUCAUGAAACAUACCCUAAAUCCUGUUCUCUUCCCAAAUAGGUGUGUGUCUGUGUGUGUGUGUGUGUGUGUGUGUGUGUGUGUGUGUGUGUGUAUGUGUGUGUGUGUGUGUGUGUGUGUGUGUGUGUGUAUGUGUGUGUGUGUGUGUGUGUGUGUGUCUGUGUGUGUGUGUGUGUGUGUGUGUGUGUGUCUGUGUGUGUGUGUGUCUGUGUGUGUGUGUGUGUGUGUCUGUGUGUGUGUGUGUGUGUGUGUCUGUGUGUGUGUGUGUGUGUGUGUGUGUGUGUGUGUGUCUGUGUGUGUGUGUGUGUGUGUGUGUCUGUGUGUGUGUGUGUGUGUGUGUGUCUGUGUGUGUGUGUCUGUGUGUGUGUGUGUGUGUGUGUGUCUGUGUGUGUGUGUGUGUGUGUGUGUGUGUGUGUGUGUGUCUGUGUGUGUGUGUGUGUGUGUGUCUGUGUGUGUGUGUGUGUGUGUGUGUGUGUGUGUCUGUGUGUGUGUGUGUGUGUGUGUGUGUCUGUGUGUGUGUGUGUGUGUGUGUGUGUGUCUGUGUGUGUGUGUGUGUGUGUGUGUGUGUGUGUGUCUGUGUGUGUGUGUGUGUGUGUGUGUGUCUGUGUGUGUGUGUGUGUGUCUGUGUGUGUGUGUGUGUGUGUGUAUGUGUGUGUGUGUGUGUGUGUGUGUGUGUGUCUGUGAGUGGGGGUUGGUGGUACUGGAUGACAACACGAUUGUUGAUGCCGGUAGGGGCCAAUUCCGAAUCUGUGGACUCGGGAGCAGUUGGGACAGAGGGACAGCUGGGAUGCAGGCGCUUGGGUAGUUGGAAUCUUCUUGUAUCGCCUCUUCUUUUCAGCACUCGCUCUUCGGGGUUCCUCAAAAUUCUUGGCUUUUCCGUGGAUCAGCGGCUGCCACUCGUUGACCUCCAUAUUUACCUGAGAGAGCCUCUGCUUAAUUUGGCCCUUGUACCUCCUGCGCGGGGCACCACGAUCUCUCUUGCCCUGAGAGAGCUCUCCGUAGUGUACUGCUUUCGGUAACCUGGAGUUGUCCAUGCGAGACAUGUGGCCUGUCAGACGGUGGAUCUGGCUGAGCAGCGAAGUGGCUUCAGGGCCUGGAAGUUGAACAUAUAUAGCUGUGCAUGUCUGUGUGAUUAUAUGAAAUAUUAAACUAAAUAAGUAGUGCAGAAAUAGAAAUUUAAAAAGAGAUUAGUGAGGCAGAAUCGAUGGGUUCAAUGUCCAUUCGGAAGCUGCAUGGUAGAGGAGAAGUUGCUGGUGAAUCGUUGAGUGUGCACCUUACUCCGUUCCUCGUGAACCAGACGGUGAUGCAGACAGUUACAAUGCUCUGCAAGUUACACCUGUAGAAAUAUUCAAGUGAUGUUGAAAACUCCUGAUGAAAUAUUGCCACUGUUGUGCCUUCUCUGUAGCUGCAUCGAUAUAUUGGGUCCAGGUUAGAUACUCGGAGAUAUUGACAGCCAGGAAUUUGGAAUUGCUCACUCUUUCCACAUCAGAUCCCUCUGUGAGGACUGGUGUGUCGUGUUCCCUCAUCUCGCCUUUUCUGAAAUCCACAAUUAGCUCUAUUGACAUAGAUGUCGACAAGGAAGUGUCGAGCUCCUGUCUCAGAGUUGGAGACGUCUUCUCAGAAACAGAAGGGAUCAUUGUAGCAUUACAGGACAAGGUUGUUGACACAUGUAGUUAUCAAUAAUACAGAAUAAACGACUAAUAGGUCCAAGACGAUAUAUGCUGAAAAUUAUAAGAGAAACUACAAACAAUCCGACUUUAAAAGAUCCUGCAGUUCAACUGAAUCUCAUUACUUGCACAAGCAAAAUAAAAUGGCGAACAACAUUCACAAAAACAUUGCUUAAACUACAACUGAUGAAAAACCCCAUAAUUUACUAAAUAUACAAGCCUCUUCCACUUUUGGAGUUAGAGUCCUUCAUAUCAUACUGCGUCCGAUCAUUAUUUCAGAUAGGAUAAUAUAUGAUCUGUGUUCGGAUGUAAUUUUACAGGAUAAACAAGCAAAAGCAACCUUUUAAAUAUAUAUAGCCAUUCCAAACACACAUAACUUACAGAAAUGAAUUAGUAAAAAAAAAUAUACCAGAAAUAUAUUGAAUUGAAAGGGCAAAAUGAAAGACUAUGGAACACUAACAGGGUAUUAUUUAUCCCAAUCGUAAUAUCGAUAACUGGUAUCAUCCUAAAGGCUUUACAGAAUAGUAUUAAUAAAUUAGGCCCACACGGCGAUACUUGUGUAAAUCUUCGCAAACCCAUAGCACUAUACACCACGAGAAUAGUCUGAGAUCUCUUAUCAAUUGAGACAUGUGUGUGCUUGGCUAUGCCUGUACCUCAAGUUUUACCAGUUUAGGCUAAGAUAAUAAUAAUAAUAAUAAUAAUAAUAAUAAUAAUAAUGACUUAUUUAUAAAGCACCUUUCAUC